AAUUUUACGCCAAAAAUACUACGCGAAGAGUAUCUAUUUUCAAGAUUGAAAUUGUGAUUCAUAAUCUUAAAUCAUGUUGAAUGUGUAAUGUUAGGUUUGUAAUUUUAGGACAGAUAGCUACUUCCUUAUGUGAGCUGGUCACGUGGUAACUACCAGCGGAUUUUAAUAUGGCUACGGUCAGGAUGUACAUUUAACAUUAAAUAGUUUCACCGUAUUUACUACUGGGACUUUAUUAUACCAGUGCAUGACGGGCCACUGCCGAUAUUACCCGGUAACGGUGCACGAUUCCCCGGACGAGCAAUGUGUCAUUGAUGGGGUGUCGGGAUAGGUCGUGUUCCGUUACGCGUCGUCUGCUUGCCAGAUAACUGUCUUGACGUCGGUACUGUACGGGGGACGGAGCCAGAGAGAUAGUCCCGGUGUUAAGUGCUAUUGUUUAUAUACAGCGGUGACAGACAGACAGCCUUUGGUCAGAUGUCAUGUUGAUGUGUGGCCUUCCUGCAUCGUGUGAUAUCAUCAUGGACAGACAGGUGAAGACCACUCCCAGCUUGUAGAGGUAACGGGACGCAGACAGACAGGCAACCGUCAGUGUCGUGGACUGUUACUCCCAGCGAGUAGAGGGAUACAGACAGACAGACGGACAGUCAGACAUCUAGCCUAGUGGAUGGACAUCCUCUGACGUCAAAGCUGACCCAAGCCCGGUCCAGAGAAAGAUGAUUGGUGCCCCAGACGUGGUGGCGUUUACUAAGGAGGAUGAUUUUGGGGAGGUAGGGUACCCCAACCCCUGGGUGGUGCCAGAAGAGUUCUCUGUCCCUCUGUUCCCAUCGAAUAACAACGCCAACCCCUGGGCCAAGACGUCAUACGCCAAGUUCACUAAGGACUUCAUCCUCAUAUCAGAGUUCUCUGAGCAGGUGGGCCCCCAGCCUCUUCUCACCAUUCCUGACGACCCAAAGGUGUUUGGGACCUUUGACCUGAACUACUUCAGUCUGAGGAUCAUGUCUGUUGACUACCAGGCCUCGUUCGUAGGACACCCCACCGGCAGCGGAUACCCACGACUCAGUUUUGUGGAGGACUCCCGGGUGGUGCUGGGUGACUCUAAGGAGGGGGCGUUUGCCUACGUUCACCACCUGACGCUCUAUGACCUGGAGGCCCGAGGCUUUGUCCGCCCGUUCUGCAUGGCCUACGUCUCUGCCGACGAGAGGAAGAUCAUGCUGCAGUUCCAGGAGCUGUCGCUCCUCUUCUCCCGCGCCUCCGAGUGCCUGAAGACCGGAAACCGACGGGCCUUCGCCCGCGAGCUGCAGAGGAAGCUACGUGACCUGGAGUACACACGGUCUGUUCUGCAGAAAGAGGAGGGGCUUCAGCGGGAGGCGGGGCCUCAGGGGUGUUACUCCGCCCGCGCGGUGGACAAGGCCAAUGAGCUUGCGGCGAUGGAGAAGAGUAUCUACGAGCACCGAGACCUGCUGAGGCAGAUCACCUCGUACCCCCUCCGCCCCCGCCGAGACCCCCACGCCGCACACUGUCAACACUGUGUCACAGAGUCACAGAGACACAGAGACGCGCCGCCUGGCCCCGACCGUGACACGGGGGAGGAGGCGGGACAGAGGAGGCAGUCCUACACCCCGCAGCUGAUCAAGGGGAAGUCGGCCAAGUGUUUCGCCAAGCGUCUGAAGAACCUGACGGAGUUAUGCGAGGAGAGGUUCUACGAGGCCACCGUGGAACUACUCAACCACACAGAGCGGUGUUUCCGGGGGGACUUGUGUUACCUGUACACCCGCCGCCUGGACCGAGCGCUACGCAGGAAGCAGAACAUCACCAACUUCCUGUUUGAGGAGGAGCUAGGGGAGGAGGAAGAGGAAGUAGCGGUGCUGGGAAGAAUCUUCUGUUCUCUCAACCACACAGUGGGGACGGACUCACAUAUACACACCCCUUCCAUCGUGCUUUGCCCCGAGCCACCGGAGUCUCUGGAGGGUCUGGAGGUGAACCCUCCCUGCCCUGAUAACUCUGCCCAGCAGAGUGAGGCCCUGACCGGGGAGGAGAGGCUGGAGUCGUCACUCUCUGAUCUGACCAUGGAGACGCAGGACCAGGAAAGCUCUGAGGAGAAUAAGGACAGCUUUAGUAGUGACAGGAGUGGAGGAGAGGAGGAGGAGGAGGGACGGGAGGGAGGAGAUCAGACCCCUGUUUUUCUGCUGGAGGCUGAGGAGGGGGGAGAGGGUGAGACACACCGUGUGUGUGAGAGGGAGGGAGAGGCAGAAGGAGUGUUUAACAGAAAGAGGGAGGGAGAGGCAGAAGGAGUGGUUAACAGAAAGAGGGAGGGAGAGGCAGAAGGAGUGUUUAAUGGAGAGAGGGAGGGAGAGGCAGAAGGAGUGUUUAAUGGAGAGAGGGAGGGAGAGGCAGAAGGAGUGUUUAACGGAAAGACGGAGGGAGAGGCAGGAGUGCUUGGGAGAGAGGAGGGAGGGGCUGAGACAGAGGAGGGAGGGGCUGAGACAGAGGAGGGAGGGGCUGAGACAGAGGAGGGAGGGGCUGAGACAGAGGAGGGUGAUGGACAGAGAGUUCCUGACCCUGAGUUACUGGUCCAGAUGGACACGGCCUGCUGCAUGUCUCAGGAGGGCUUCCUGUACAACUCUUCUCCCCCAGACAUGCUGCCUGCUUCUGGGCUGCAGCCCGGCUCUCUACCCCUUCCCCUGGUGGUCAACCAGGAGCCCCAGGCCCUGCUGCCGGUCCAGGGGGACUACGGCCUGGGUUCCCCCCACUGCCCGAGCCCUGGGGCUGGGCUGGACCUGCCCGUCUCCUCCUCGGGAGAUACCACCUCCAGGGGUUCGGACCAGGACGGGUGGGACUGUACCAUGUCAGCGUCUACGGGGUCCGAACGGGCCGGCUCACCUCUGGGGUACGGGGGGUUGGUAACGCUGAGGCAGAAGAAGAGGGCCGGGCAGGGAGCGCUCAGGUUUGUGCGUCAGUAUCCGUUUGCCCUGCAUGCCCUGUGGUCCCUACUUAGUGGUCGAACCCUGGUGGUCCUGGGAUCUGAGGAGGGGAGGGUCAGGAGGCUGGUGUCCGCUCUAGCCCUCUACGUGCCUGGACCCGGGCGCUGUGGGGAGAGGGUCCAGCCCUGGUUGUCCUGCCCCUUCAGCCUCACUGACCUACAGCGAUGGAAACUCAUAGGACUGCAGAGGAUGGCGUCUCCCGUGGGGACCAGCAUGCUCUGCUCUCUGUCUCGCUACAGCCGUUACAUCUCCGUCCUGGACGCCGACCGGAAGACCCUCCGUUGCCCCGGCUACCGCGGAACCCUCCUGGCCAACGUGGCGGACCACCGUACCCGUCUGCGCCGAGGUUCCACCUACUUCCUUCAUCUCCAGAACGUGCUCAGUAGACUGGCUUCCCGGGCCUUCCUCCUUAGCUUUACGCAUCACCUCCACCUUCCCAUCAGCCACCUGGAGCAGAGACAGGAAGUGGAGGAGAGGACGAGAGGCUUCCUGAGGGAUCAGCUCAGGCUUGGGGAAGACGACUGUUCCAUCCUGAUGUACCUGAGUCAGCUGAUCACACAGCACUACCUGGACAGUACCUCAGGAGGAGCUGUUACUACACAACCCCACCUGGAGAAGGACAACACGCCUGGAACCAACCAGCAGGACCUGGACAGUACCUCAGGAGGCGCUGUUACUACACAACCCCACCUGGAGAAGGACAACACGCCUGGAACCACACAGCAGGACCUGGAAGCUAACAACAUACUAGACCCUGCCACAGGGGGUGCUGUAAACCAACAAGACCCUGAGUCUAAUACUGGAGGCAGAGUGAAUACAGGGCAGUACCUAGACCCUACCACUGGGGGCGCUAUAACCCCAGAGACGGGCGUAGAGACUACCACUGGGGGCGCUAUAACCCCAGAGACGGGCGUAGAGCCUACCACUGGGGGCGCAAUAACCCCAGAGACGGGCGUAGAGCCUACAACUGGGGGCGCUAUAACCCCAGAGCAGUACCUAGACCCUACCACUGGGGGCGCUAUAACCCCAGAGCAGUACCUAGACCCUAUCAUCAAUCAGUCUGCUACUAUGAGCAGAGCUCCACCCAGCUUCACCUUUAACUACACCACCAGUCUCCUAUACAAGAUCUGAUCUGACGGGGGUUGAAUCUCCUGAGAGCCUUCAAGUCCUCAAAACAACACCGGAGGAGACAGAUCUGCGGUAGAUUCACUCUGGGUUGGAGACGGGAGGGCCUGUCUCUGUCUCCUAGGUAAUCAGGAGAGACUGAGGGCCUGUCUCUGUCUCCUAGGUAAUCAGGAGAGACUGAGGGCCCAUCUCUGUCUCCUAGGUAAUCAGGAGGGACUGAGGGCCUGUCUCUGUCUCCUAGGUAACCAGGAGAGACUGAGGGGGUUUAGUGAAUGUAAUGUAGCAGUGUUCAUGCUGUCCAUCAAGUCCUCCUUCCGAUGAAUGCCCUAACCUCGGGGGGAGGGGGGACCUGGACGCUGAUUUAGAUUGAUUGACAAGUCACUAUGAACCGUCCUUCUGAUCUGAGCGAGAAGUGUGUGUGUGAAACGUUAAUAUGAGGCAUGUUCUGUGUGUGUGUGUGUGUGUGUGUGUGUGUGUGUGUGUGUGUGUGUGUGUAACGUUAAUAUGAGGCAUGUUCUGUGUGUGUUCGUGCCGGUCUGUCUCCCGUGACGUUGCAUGUUGUCCACGGAACCACAGUACUACUACAGUUGCUUAGGAACGUUGACGUUGUAAAAAGAUCAGAUUGGUGCCCAUUCAACACAUCUAAUCUAACAAAAGAGGAUAUUUUGUCAAAUCUGUCACGAUUUAUGUUUUGUAACAAACCCACGAUGUAGUUACUUAAGUCCCGAUUAUAUUGGACUGUUUUCCCUGCGUAACAUGUAGAAGUUGUCCCUUUUUCAGGCUUAGAAGAAGAGGUGACCGCUAAAUGCUAACUCCCAUCCGUAUAAGCUGGUAGCAUAGCUAGCAUACAGAAAUCGUUGAUGGUAGGUAGUCAUGUCGUUUAAAAAAAAAACGAAUGCACUUGAUUGGUGACGAUGACAUGAGUUGAUGUUAACGUCCACACAAGCAUUAUACCUCAACAUCGUGUGAAAUAGACAAUAGCUUAACUGUAGGCUAAUUUAGCUUUGUCGCCCCCCCCCCCCCCAAUGAGGAAGCUUGGGGAUCUUAACCCCCGACGCGUUUCCAUGGCAACGGCGUUCCCAUUGUUUUGUUCAGUUGGAUUUAGCUCGUUACUGCAUCUGUAACCAACGCCGUGUAUAUAAACUCUGGACUGCUGAUGCUUUGUUUUGGCCAUUUAGAGGCUUUAAGCCACCGGUCGGCCAUUUUGACAGUCCUCCAUAGGAUUGAAUGGAAUUCUACAGCAUUUCAAUUAAAGGUUUCGAGGACCAAAUUACAUGUAUUUCAGUAUUUGUUGUUGUUGUAGUUUGGGACAGUAACAUUAGUAUUUUUAAGGUGGGGGGGUGGGGACGUUUAUUUUUUUUAGUGUAGCUCACGUGUAAAAUUAUACAUUUAAGGUGUAUAAUGGAAUAAACGUGUCAGAAAUGAAUGUUGUGACGUUAGUAAAUGGAUUUCUAUAUCUUCCAACAUAUUAUUUACAAUUGAGAGCCAAGAUGGCUGCCGGUGGCUUCAAUACAGCACCCCCCUGUCAGCCACCCAGGGUUUAUACACAUCAUUAAGGAGAGCCAAAAUGGCUGCCGGUGGCUUCAAUACAGCACCCCCCUGUCAGCCACCCAGGGUUUAUACACAUCAUUAAGGAGAGCCAAAAUGGCUGCCGGUGGCUUCAAUACAGCAGCCACCCAGGGUUUAUACACAUCAUUAAGGAGAGCCAAGAUGGCUGCCGGUGGCUUCAAUACAGCAGCCACCCAGGGUUUAUACACAUCAUUAAGGAGAGCCAAGAUGGCUGCCCGGUGGCUUCAAUACAGCACCCCCCUGUCAGCCACCCAGGGUUUAUACACGUCAUUAAGGAGAGCCAAGAUGGCUGCCCGGUGGCUUCAAUACAGCACCCCCCUGUCAGCCAUCCAGGGUUUAUACACAUCAUUAAGGAGAGCCAAGAUGGCUGCCGGUGGCUUCAAUACAGCAGCCACCCAGGGUUUAUACACAUCAAGGAGAGCCAAAAUGGCUGCCGGUGGCUUCAAUACAGCACCCACCUGUCAGCCAUCCAGGGUUUAUACACAUCAUUAAGGAGAGCUAAGAUGGCUGCCCGGUGGCUUCAAUACAGCACCACUUUGUCAGCCAUCCAGGGUUUAUACACAUCAUUGAUUUAUAGAGCCCCAUAGUGGUGUCAUAAUUCCCAUAAAACCUAGCGGUCAAAUAGGAAAAUGGUUCCAAUCAUUUUUCCACCAUAAUAAUCUCUCUCGGACAAGGUGACUUUUAUCAAUAUAUUCGGCUCAGUUUACUCUGAUUUGAAAAUGCUAAUUAGCAUCAAAGUAGACAUGCAAAACUACAAAUCCCAGCAUGCUCCUGCACGUCAUCUCUAGCUGACACCUUUGCUAACAGGUAUUGUGUCAAUUAAAAACUUACACAAGACAGUUCGCAGAAUUGUCCAUUUAAAUGAAAUGUAGCCAAUGUAUUAAUAACUACAUUUAGCUAACAUUAGAUAGUUAAUACAGAGAUUCUUACCUUUGUCUCGAUUCGUCAGUCUCUUGUCCAGAUCAUCAUGGUAUUUGUAGUUCUUUAUGAUAGCCACAUUAGCAGAUAAUUAGCAUUUAUUUUUUUGUGUGUGUGUGGGGGGGGGGGGGGGGGGGGGGGUAAAUAAAGGCAACCUAUAUUUGAUUUAAAGAAUCACCUUGUCCAAGAGAGAUUUACGCAGCCCUUAUUUUAAGAUCCUGAACUGUAUUCUGGGAAAAACGAUGUGAACCAUUUCCCUGUUAUUGGGUCCUAUGACUGUACUGUGGUACUCUACAGAGGAGGGACUGUCAGAUGUGAACCAUUUCCCUGUUAUUGGGUCCU